AUGUCAUUCCUCACUCCGCUUCUGCUCUCGGUCGUCCCCUCUCCCCUCACACACCAGCUCAUCCCCCAUCUCUCGACCUACCUCCCGCAGAUCUUCCCGCCCUCCCCGCCAGGCUCGCCAGGAUACCAGCGGAACUUCAGACACGUCUUUACGCUCGUUAUUGGCGCAUACCUCGUGUGGAGCUUUGGGUGGGGCGCAGCUGGGUCGGGCGAGGCGGAAAGUGGGGAGGCGGGGGAUUGGUAUGCCCUCUUAGGGGUUGGAAGGGGUGCUGGGGAGGAUGAGCUCAAGCGGGCAUUCAGAACUCUGUUAGUCCCUCCUCUGCCGAUAGGAUCUCGGCUCACGGAUAGGUCGCGGACGUAUCAUCCAGAUCGUAUCAGACAAGGAGCAGAAGGCUCGGGUGACCACUUCAUCCGGAUCAGACAAGCAUACGAGGGCCUAUCAGACCCGAUAAAGCGGUGGGCAUAUGACCGGUUUGGAGCGGACAUCCUGCAGUGGAAAGCCGUGACGACUCGCGAGUAUAUGCGAUUCGGGAUCAACCAGUCGAGCGGGUUCUACGUCAUCUCAGGCGCGAUCAUGCUACUCCUGAGCUUGCUGGGUCGUGCCAAAGACGGCGCCUUCUGGAGAAACCUAGUCUUCGUCCUCCUCCUAGCGACGGAGCUGCACCUCCUUCUCGCCCCUUCUUCAUCCGCAUCUACCAGCCCGACCCUCCUCAGCCGCUCCCUCAGCCUGACACUGGGUGACCGACCCCCAUUCCUACAGAUCCGUCUUCUACACCGGAUCUUUGCGUCGCUAUCAGUCGGGAUCAAUCAGCUAGCGGGUGUGUGGUCCGCCGAUAGACAGGGGACACAGCCAGGACUGGAGGAGGUCCUGGUGGCUGUGCGAGGUCUGGAAGUGGAGGCUAUCACUGGAUUUCACGAUAUCGUCGGCCCGUUGCUUUCUCAGGGCGAUCCGACGCACACUCAGACUCGAAUCAAGCAGGGAAUGGAAGAAGUGCUCAUUGACCGUGCGAUCUCGACACAUCCGCAAAUCAGACCACUCUGGAUUGACGCGCUUCGACGCGCAGAAGCCGAUCGGAAGUCCACAAACAACUUCGCCGCCGCUCCUCCUUCUCUCGAAGCAGCUCCAUAUCCCUAUCCUUCACCUCCGCCAUCGCCUUCCCGCUCGGCUGGACGUAGGCCACAAAUGGAUUCCGCGAGAGAAAGGCGAGUGCUGGGUGUCGCUAGUGGCAUCCCAUUACCGCCCUCACCGCCGCCAUCCCCGCUUCUCAAGCCUAUGAGGUUGUAG